AUGGUUGACGAUUCAAAAAUAACAGCAGAUUGUCUGAAUCUGCGGCGAAUGAUCUGUGAAACGAACGUGCUCUCCCGGUCCGACAGCUCUGCUGCAUUCUCGCAAGGUGCCACACAGGUGAUGGUAGCGGUAAAUGGGCCCGCUGAGGUGAAGCUUCGAAAUGCUGAUUCGGAAAAUUGCCAUCUGGAGGUGCAGUACCGCUCGAAUGCAGGAUUGGAGGACAUAGGGUUUCGCCUGAUGGAAAGUCUCAUCAAACGUUCUUUCGUGCGUGUCAUAGCCACUGCCGCGUAUUGUCGUAGCGCCGUAUACAUCUACGUCCAAGAAAUGGCCGAUAAAGGCGGUCUGCUGGCUUGCUCUAUAAAUACGACCUGUCUGGCUCUGAUUACGAGUGGGAUUGACCUGAACUUCACGGUGGCUGCCGUGCAUUGCAUGGUAACGGAGGAUGGCACAUUGCUUCUCGAUCCAGACGAUAAGCAAAUGAAGAGCGCCCGCAGUUCGUUCACGUUCGUGUUCGACAGUAUUGCGAAGAAUACGGUCACAUCGUACGUGCACGGUAGUUUCACUUUCGACGAGUACGAGAAGGUUUUAAGUGCGUGCCGAGUGGCCGUUGAAAAAAUAUUUCAAUUCUAUAGAAAAGUGUCACAGAAUAUCACUAAGGUUGUGGCCGAUGAUAGUUAA